UCCUGGCUCUGUGGGAGCUUUCACGUGACUCGGAGCCCGUGCGCCUCUGAAGCAGCUGAGGACACGUAAAGCAAACGGAAACGCCGCAGUUUAGAGCUCAGGAGCUGCCAAUUUACUUCAAUACAGUUAAGAGGGGGACGCUGGUCAGUCUCCAAGAUGUUUUCACUCGGGGAGAAGAUGGAGUUUCUCAUAGGAAACCCCUUUUCAACGCCCGUCGGUCAGAGAAUCGAGCGAGCGACCAGCGGCGCUCUGCAGUCCGACGACUGGGGGCUCAAUAUGGAGAUAUGUGACAUCAUCAACGAGACGGACGAGGGGCCCAGAGACGCAGUCAAAGCUAUUAAGAAGAUAAUCGUAGCGAACAAGAACUUCAGAGAGAUCAUGUUGGCCCUUACUGUUCUUGAGGCCUGUGUGAAGAACUGUGGCCAUCGCUUCCACAUUCUUGUGGCGUCGCAGGAGUUUAUUGAAGGAGUUUUGGUGCGUUCCAUUCUGCCCAGAUACAACCCCCCCACUGCCCUCCACGACCGGGUGCUCAGCCUCAUACAGUCAUGGGCCGAUGCGUUUCGUAGCUCUCCCUCCCUAGGGGGGGUGGUGUGCGUAUAUGACGACCUGAGGAGACGUGGUCUGGAGUUCCCCAUGACCGAUCUGGAUGCUCUGUCCCCCAUCCACACUCCGAAUAGGAGUAUCCCAGAAAACGGGACCCCUGAAACGAACCCCGUCGCUGCUUUCACACAUCAGCCACAACCACAAGCACCUUCCAGUGUUCCCACUCAGAGUACGUCCACUCCAGUCCUGUCCAGCGAGGGACCAGCCUCCCUCCAUGCAGAACAGUUUCUUAAUCAGGAACAGAAGCUGCGAAGCGAGCUGGCACUGGUGAAGGGAAAUCUCACUGUGAUGACAGAGCUGCUGAAUGAGCUAAUACCUGGACAGAGCCAGCAAGAUGACACAGAGCUGCUACAGCAGCUGUACUCGGUGUGUAAGAGCAUGCAAACUCGAGUGGUGGAGCUCAUCCCCCAGCUGCUGGAUGAAGGGUUUAUUGAAGAGCUGCUCAUGGUCAACGAUGACCUGAACAACGCCUUCAUCCGCUAUGAGAGGUUUGACAGACUGAACAAGGCACAAAUCCCAAAUAGUCAACAGCAGAGCUCUGCCACAAGCCCGAGCCUCAUCAACCUCAGCCAGCCUGCUGUCAUUGCAACAACCAGCCAACCAGCAGCCAGCAGCACCAGCACCAGCACCAGCACACCGCAGCCAGCCGACCACAAGGUGGAGGGGGAGUUUGACAUGUUUGCCCAGACGAGAGGCAGCUCCCUGGCUGAGCAGAGGAAAAGUGUCCGGUAUGAGGACCCAGGAGCUGUGGAGGGCCUCGCUGGAGCUCUGGAUACGAGGUUGCAGGUCACAGGAGGGAUGCCAGCCGCGAAAACCUCUCAGCAGAACGAUGUUGACAAAUGGUUAUCUGGUGAUAUGGAAGACCAGUCUUCAGUUAGUGAGGGAGUUUCCAGUACAGAGUUUGAUCAGUUUCUGGAGGAUCGGGCGAAGGCAUCGGACCAAAGAGGACAGACGAUUCGAAGCGUGCCGCCGUCCACCUCCAGACCGCCGCCGCCGCCGCCGCAAUCUAACCAACAGCAGGAGAGAUCAGACCAUCUCUUCUCACUUUGAGUCUGAGGACAAACAAGAGAAGCGGGUGGAUAUCCAGCUUCCAAACGCAACCGUUGUUCAAGACGAGGAGGACACAGGCUGGGAUUCAACAUUUCUUCAGCUGAGAGACAG